GUAAAUCUCACGAAUUGAAAUAUUAUACUAUAACACAUGAAAAUGGCCGCAGCGGCGGAGUCCCCAAAUAUUUCAACCGGCUAUUCGCCACAAGAAAUUCUGCAAGAAGUACGUAAUUUUCUCCAUGGUGCCAACUACAAAAUACAAAACCAGAGACAGCGCGAAUCUCUAGCACAGUCAGCCCUGAUCUUGUUGAGAACCCUGCCCACAGCCAGACAUGCUGUUCUGGAGUACACGGCAAAUAUGUUUGAUGAGGCAGUGAAUAAUUAUCUUCUAGAGAUGGACAUUGGACACAAAGUUACAGAUACAAGCAGCCAAGUUAUGGACAGUUUUCUACAUGAUGCUUGUGGUGUUCUACAUGCAUUCAUUCAGACCAACUCUGUUGCAUGGGCCCCAAUCAUUUCGUCUUGGUCAUUAGAGUUGCUUGGUCACAUCAGUAGUAAAUAUGCUGAAAGACGAGGUGUUCCUCACACAGGCAGUCUGAAUGAGUUACUGCAGCUGUGGUUGACUUGUGUACCAACAAAAUUACUUAUUGAAGUCGCUACAGAGUGCUUUGCUCAAAUGGUAAGCGGAGCCCCAGAAAAUUGUGUAGAUGCAUUGCUUGAGGCAUCAGUGAAGUACAGUCCACAUUUUGACUGGGUUGUUGCUCAUAUAGGGUCAGCCUUUCCUAGAACCAUCAUUACACGAGUGUUGAUGUGUGGACUGAAGGAUUACUGUCACCAUGGUAACCAUGGAGAUGGCAAUGUGGAUACUAAGAUACCAAAGAUGGGGUCUGUGGUUGGAAUCCUAGGUCACCUGGCUUCAAAACACGGACAUGAUAUUAGAGAUGCUUUAUUAACCUUGUUUCAGGAUAGCUUAGAUGAUGCAAGCGGUUCCUCAAAAGCCACUACUGUACCAUUUCUGCUACAACUGGCUUCAAUGUCUCCAUUACUGUUGCACAUAUUGGCCACAGAUCUUGUGAAUAAGUUGAGUGCUGUAGUUUUGAACAAACUCCAUGUUCAGAUGCAGCCCUGGGUAUCGAAUUAUCCACAAGAAUUUGAAAGUAUGAUGACACUGGUUGUACAUCUAGUCAUGCAGACAGAUGUGGGUGCUGACAAAGCUUUAGAGUUCCUCAUGUAUAAUGCUACAGCUACUAAAGAAAAUACACCAGAAGACACACAACUACCAUUGCCUGACAUACAGAAAAUGUGUGCUGCAGUCAUUGAUCAGAUACUGAACGAGACACAGACAGUGACAUUUAGAAGAGGGAGAAUGGAGUCAGCAAUUGAACUACCUUUUCUUGGUGCUCUUAGUUCAAAACUUCCUCAACUUACUAAAGAUCUCCUCAACAGUCAAGGACAAAGAUGUAAAUGGUUACAAAGGUUGAUAUGUUAUAUCAUCUUGUAUAGAGGAGAGAAGUUUGGUGCUGAGACACUCGCAUUUAUACUGUCACAUGCUGAAAAUAACGACCAGCUUGCACAGUUCAUUUACAUACAACAAAACAUUGAGAUGGGAAUGGGCGGUGUUCUAAAUGGGUGUGUCCAACUAGUAAUGGACCACCUACAUCACCAGAAGAAUACAAAGAAACUCCGCCUUCUGAAUAAUUUGUUUGCCCUGACAAGUUGGGAAGCAUCUUUAGAUAAAACUGUUAUAAGAGCAACAUUCAAGUCGUGUUUAGAGAGGCAUUGGGAAUCACUGUCUAAGCUACUGAUCUUUGAUGACCUUGAGGUUUCCAUGGUGAUAUUGAAGUUACUGAACUAUGUAACGGUUCCCUACAACUUAUCCAGUGGGGCAGCUCUAAGUGUCUGUGGUUCUCUGGUAGCUUUGUUCUUCAAGGUCUUGGAUUUGCAAGAUACAAGAGCUGUGAACCCAAUGGUACAAGCAUGUAAAAGAUGUGCCAGACUUCUGUCCAAAAGACCAUACGUACAGUCUAUAUUGGUCAGGUACUUGAUAGAGGGAGCUGUCGAAUGUGACAAUAAGCACCUGCUAGGAGGAAAGACUGAUCUUGGAACAGCCACUUCAGGGAGCCGGGAUUCUCACACGUCUCUCAGGGCAGAGAACAAAAAGCAUGGUGUUUCCUUGACGACACUGAGGUCACAUUCCAGUGUGUUCCAUGCUGGGGUCAUAGGUCAAGGUCUUAGGGCAAGGACAAGGUCACACGUUCUGUCAAAGGAAUUGGUAGACAGGAAUUGUUUAUAUCUAGAAGAAAUGCUUUGGGACUGCUGCAAGGAGCAUACAGUAAAUGUCAAAGGUCAAGGUCAAACAGAAGGUCAAGGUGACUCAGAAGGUCAAGGGAAAAAACAGACUUCAUACAGUCUAAAGAUUGCACCGGAUCUGUGUAGAAUGAUUGGAACCCUGCUAGUGGAGAUGACCACACCAGACGUUCUGUAUAACAACAGAUUCUGGCCAGAGGAAGAAUCUCUCAAAAUGACAGUAGAAAGAGAUCUGCAUGUAUGUAAAUUCUUCAAUGACAACCCUGUGUUGUGGAGGAUCCUUCAGAUGGUGGCUGGGAAUACCCUGGUGAUAUCACGGUGUUCAGCAGUACUGAAAUCAUUAACAGCUACCAUGAUGCAUCAUUAUGAAUUGUCAAUGGAGAAAUCUGCAACAAACACUCCAAAACAGCUUGAAACUGCUUGCUAUAUUGUCAGGUGUCUAGGGAAGAGUGGAUUAUUACCCCACCCACUUAGCAUUGUGUCAGAGUUAUUUCCCUUUCUUACUCCCUAUGAGGUCUAUCUAAUAUUAUUGGCAAUAUGGAGGUAUAUGAAGGAAAAUCCACCGACGGAGGAUCCAGAUGAAGUAUCAAGAAGAGUGUGUGAGCCAAGACACAUAGAGGUGGUGAAGUCAAUAGUCCAUUGCAAUAUAGAUACCCUAGGACAUAUAUAUGCCAGAUUUUUCCAACACGCCGCAGAGUCAGACGUGAAACCAGAGCCAGAUUCAAAAGUGUGAUUCAGAUUUGAACUUUUGGGAUAAUGUACUAAAAUAUUUACCAGAGGAGCAAUGGUGCACAGGAUAAGCCAUUGGAAUAUUAGGUGUUGCAAGAUAAAUCCCUGUUUCACCACAACUGUUCUUUACAAAAAGAUGCUGUUACUGGUUUUAACAGGAAGUGGACUCGAACUUGAUUCAUAUUAAUUGAAGAUUUUUUGUUGUUUGCCAGGCUUAGACAAAUUAAGAAAAAAUGUGUAUACAUGUACAUUGUAAUUUCAUAGUGACACCAUGACAACUUUAGGUCUGC